AUUACAUGUGAAUGACGUGAUUAAUCUUGGCGUUGUUUGUUUAAACGUAAAGUCGGCAAUUCAUCGCGUUUUAUAGUGGUAGACAAAUAAGUGCAAACAGUCAGAUAUGUCCAGGGGAAAUUCGUUUGAAUCAAUACAUAAGUAAAAUGCAUUACUAUGAAUGUUUACUUCAGUAAAUAUGGACAUGUGCAACACAGAUUUAUGUAUUACGGUAAGAUACAAUUUAUAUUAUACGGUGGAACGGAUGGAAAUUAUUCAGUUUUAUAACAAGGUUGAACGCUAUUUGUCACGUGCGGAGAUGGCAUUGACAAUUUAACAGUGUGAAAUGAAUUUCGUCGAGGAAAUAACAUUUCAAUAAAUGUAUUGGAGAGCAAUGUUUGUAUCAGAAAAUCGUCUAAAGAGUUCACUACAUCAAAGCAGGGGAUCAAAAACUUGAAACAAACAUGCAGGUUUCAGAACAAUUCACAAAAUUGUCUAUCCGUUUGUCUGAAGAACUUGAUGACAGUGGGGCCGGAAAGAUAGUGUAAAGGAGCGGAGACGAACUUUCUAAUUAAGGGAGGGCAUAGAGAUGUUAGGAUGGAAACUAGAUUGAAAGGACGUUGAAUGUUUUCAUUUUGGGAGCCAAACGGAAGGCACCACCAUUCCCGGUCUCCAAUCUGAUAUUGAUAUGUUAACAAGUCACAACAAGGUGAAUAUCAUGAGAGUCUGGGGAGACUGGGAGGCCGGGCUUAUUAACGUUCUGAUGCUCCGCGACAACAUUACACCUCCUCAACAGUACCUACUACAGGUCUUCAGAAAGGACUCACCCGAAUCGAUGGCAAAUCUGUUUGUGAGGAAAGACUCUGGGCAAAUACUGUUCAGCGCUCAACGAUGGAAACAGUAUCAGGAGCAUACAAUGCAAGAUUACGGACACCCAACAUAAAUGGCCCUUCUGUGAGUUAUAUAGCUUACUGGGAUAUGGUGCAAGGGUGUAUCGUACGCAAACCUCUUCCUGAAAUACAACACUGGAAAGACAGAUGUAGAUGUAGAAACUGGCCGCCGGUUCAGCUACUUGAGUCUGCAUGGUUAGCUUCGUGUUUCCUGGUACCAUCCGGUCAUCACGAUAGUGAUUAUAAACGCGAAGAAUGGCGCCUGUCUCCGAACCUGAUAGAACGAAUGUUAAUGUUUAGCUUUAAUAUGACACAAAUAAAAUGUAACAUUGUGUUAAAACUAAUUAACAAAUCCUUAUUUUCAAAUGUCGAGGGAGAUUAUAUAACAAGCUAUCAUUGUAAAACUUUAAGGUUUUACACCAUAGAAAGAACGCAUCCGUCUCUGUGGUGCGAACGUAACCUCAUGUUUCUCCUUUGGCUUUGUUUACAUGCAUUGAAGAAAUGGCUGCGAUUGGGAAGGCUCCCGCAUUAUAUCAUAGGAGGAGUGAACUUGUUCGAUGGGAAAGUUUCUAAGUUGCAGCAGAGACGCCUUUUAGUGUAUAUAGACCCAAUGAUAAAGAAAAACUUGCAAGAUGCAUUUUACAUUGAUAUAGAUGAAAUAGGAGGUCGGUUACAAGCAUGUAGUAUACGGCGAAUUGGACAAGAUGGAGGGCUUGGACGUGAAUGUUUACGUAACAGCAUCAGCUUACUGCUGAAAUUUGAGUUUUUGGAAACAGUGUUCAACUCUUUUCCGCGUUGUAUAUUUAAAAAACACGGUUCUUAUGCAACCUUAGAGCAAGAGAUACAAUGUGCAUUUCGCAAAAUUUUUGAAUACUCCAAUGAUAUUAGAUUGAAAACGGUUGCUUUAGAAUUUAUUAAACACGUGUAUGCGUUACAAAAUUCAAUGCAAUCAUCUAAAUGUUUGCGACUUCGAAACGUUCUUAUCAACAAAAAUUUAAGUCGUUUUCAAUAUUCCUUUAACACAGAUGUAGCUUCUUGUCGCUUGAAGAUGGCUUCAAUAUUGUACUAAGUGGGCAUUUUCACGCGGCCUUAAGAGUGUUGAAGGAUUCGGAAAGAAGGUAUCACAGCAAGGUAAAGGCUGUGUGCGGAUUAAUACUUAUAGAAGGAGACCGUGAUCUCCAGAUGUUUGCUAACAUGCUAUCAGGUAGCAGUGACAAGGGAUUCAGUGAACACCCAUUCGCAUGUUGUGUCAGGUUUCUAAGGGAAGAAGCUUACUGUGUUCCAAUUAUAUUAUGGUAUGAAAUGAAUCGCAAAAUCACUGAUCAGGAAGUUGCAGAGAGACACCUUGUUCAUAAACGAUGGAUGGGCGGUGCUGAGGUGGAUGCUCGUCCGUUCCUACACUACUUACAAUACCUCACGUAUGGAGGGCUCGGUGAUCGUGACAAUCAGCUGCGUGCAUUGGACGCCUUGUGGUCUUUUGAAUAUGGUGCAAGAAAUAAAAUCAACCUGUAUCACCAUGAGACUGCACUGAACUUGCUGGGGCAUUGCUAUGAAAUUGUAGGAGAAUAUGAUUUUGCGUUAUAUUACUACGAGUUGUCGUUAAGUGGGUGCAAUUCGAACAAUGCUGCUAACUGGCACGUAAUGCGUAUGCGGCGUCUUAUAAGAGGUUAAAAAUAAGACAAAAACAAUUUUCUUCUGAACGAUAUACAAAAUACUGUACACGCAUUUGUUAAGGAAAUCAAUUUUGUGAUCAGUUAUUUUCCUAUGUUUAAUAUUUUCAAUAAUAUAAAACGAUGAAGACAA